AUGACCUCGUCAUCGUCCUCAUCAUCGUCGGGAAGUGCAUCAUCAGCUGAUGCUUCGCACACGACAGUAAGCAGCGAUUCAGACUCACAGAGUCAAAAUGACAGCGAGGAGGAGGAGACGACUGUCGCACGUGGCAGGGAGGCUGCUUCAAGCAGUAAGGGGGUAUCCGCUGUUGCUUCUGAUGAAGAGCCUGGGCAGGGAGACCAGGAUGGCGAUGUCAGUGAUCAAUCUUCUGUGCCGGGGCGUCCCUUGGGAGGUCUUUUGCAGACUACAGAAGAGCAUCUGGAGCAACAUGGGUAUCCUGCCCACAUCAAAGAUUGUGAGAGAUGCAGGUAUGUCCACAAUCGUCGGAAGUGGGAAGAAGAUGCCACAUUUCCGCACCCCAAGACAGGGUUGCCAAUAGUUUGGUUGGUGGAGCAACCGAAACCUUUGCGCCUUCCGUGGCAUUUGGGAUGUUUGGUCUGUAUGAAGACCAAAACGCCUGGGCUUUUUGGGCGCUGUAAAGCUGGGGCGAAGCUGUCCAACAUUCGCCGGCAUGGGGAGUCGCCACGGCACCUGGCAGCGCUGCAGAAAUAUGCUGCGGCUGUGGAUGUGGAGGUGAAGACCACGGAGCCGGACGCUGGCCAGUUGACCUUCGCGCACAUCCUCUUCCAACGUACCCUGCUCAAGCGAGGAGGAAGCUUUGAGUCCUUCAGUGACUUCUGCAAAACAGCCAAGCUGUCGGGUGCGGCCUUGGGCCAUGGAAGCAUAGGGCCGCAAGUAUCACGACAGCUCACAAGCACGAUGGCGAGUCGUGAGGGGGAGGCGACAGCACGACUGUUGGCUGCAGCUACAACAGGCGGUAUCGUGCAGGAUGGGCUCGGUUCGCACCUGUCUUCCCGCCUACGACUGGUUGUGUGGAAGUGGCCCCGAGGAGUUCAGCUGGAAGCUCUUCGGGGUGUGCAGAGCAUGGGGUCUGGAGACAGAGGUCCUUGGCUUGUCGAUAGGGUUGCUGCGGUUGGGGAGCUUGAGUCUGAUCACUCAGCUGAAGCGAAGCGCAUCUUGGUUCGGGAGGCCGUCGCAAAGAACUGCCAUACAGGGGAGGCUUUCACUCAUGCACAGAAGAUUCUGCGUUUUUUCGCAACAGAUGCUGCGCCGGAUGAGAUGGAGGCUGGCUUGAAGCUGUAUCGGGGAGAUUUUCCGAACCUGGUGUUUCAAAACACCGACCCGUCGCACGGGUGUACGGUCGCGCUGAAGGCCGCAAUCAUUGCGGACAGCGAAUGCGCCGCGGUGGAUCGCCUUUUGGUCUCAGGGAAGAAUCCCGCCAGCUUGUCCAAGCUGCUGCGGACAAGCACUCGCUUACAGAGCUUCAUGAAGGAGGCCGAGCGGGAUGAAGGGGUGCAAAUCCUUUCUCAUUUCGGCUUCGCGCCCCAGAGGUUUGACUCUCGCAAGGUGCCAUUAGGCCGCAUCGCUGUCAGGCUUCGCCAGGUUUUCGAAAUCCUGGCUGCUGAAGCUGAAGGGGGAGAGAAGGAUCGGAAAGCUGCCGCGCAGCUAAUCCUUCAGGAGAUGACUGGGGAGAACACUUGGCGGCUUGUCUUGGGAGGCAUGAUGGCAGACUUGUGUCAUGAGCAUUCAAAGCUCGUGCACUCGUCCGACUUUGCGGCUUCUGACCCCCUGCACAUCGAGAAGGCAGAGAAGAUGUUUCUGGCGAGAUUGCUGGUUUUGUUUGGGGAGGGCCUCAUCCUUACAAAAACAGCCGCAAAUACAUUUACAGGGCAGGUUUUGAAGUUUUUGAGCUCAUCCAAGUUGCUUUUCUUGAAGAAGAAAGCCUUGGUGCUUUCUUUGGGGGAGCUCGCAGCCAACGAUGAACUAUACAUGCCUCUGAAUCGGAUGAGGCUCAUCUGCCAGGCCAUCCGAAGAAUGCUCGAGGCCACUAGGCCGGCCUAUUGUUGGGGGAAGCAAUUUGUGGCUUUUGCUCUUCCCUCUCCACUGGACGCGGAAGAUCAUGAUCAGUCAAGGAAGACUGCAGAGAAACAGUUGACCGCCAUCGCCGAGGCUGCCAAGUUGGAUGCGGGGAGUGUAAUUGCAGAGCUUCGCAAGCUGGCACCUGCAGCAAAGGCACACUUUCAGAGUUGUCGGGAUGAGCGGAAGGCGUGGGGCAGAGCUUCCUUUGAUUUUCCUGAAUAUGCUCAUGCAAGGGAGGCCGUCUCGUUGUGCAUUGGGUUCACCGAGUGCACCACACAGGUGGAACGUGACUUGAAGCAAGUGCCUUUGCAAGAGAGCAAACAACGUGCAGCUCUCCUGAACCCAACACUGGAAGAAGUGAUGAUCACAAAUAUCAUGGCCCCCGAUGUGGAUGAGAUGUGUGAGAGGACGAAGAAUAGUGCUGGGGAGGUUGUUACAAAACCGAUCACCCAGUAUUUGCCUGACAUUGUGAAGCGAUACCACGCCAAGUUUGGUUUCAAACUCGCGCGCAAAGCUCGCAAGAAGCGGCGUGACGCCGGGAUCGCAAAGGAUGGGGAGGCCAUCAAGGAAUUCCUUCGUGACCGAGAAGCUGCCAUCGGCCGCAUGUGCAAGGCAAGUGGGGAGGAGCGGAAGAAGAUGUUGGCGCAACCUACUCUGAAGGUUCCUAUCCCAUCGCAUGAUGAUGCGGUUCUUGAUGGGUUGAAGACAGAUGCCUAUGCUCAGUUUGAGAAGCGAGCAGGGAAGACGGAGAACCGCAAGAGGAAACACCAUGAUGCUAUCCACAAUCCGGAAGAAGUUAAGCUCAAGAAGCCCAAAGCCGUCGUGGGUCACGAGAAGCGGUGGGGGGAGGUGCCCAAAGAGAAAGUGGAACGGCCAACCCCUGGAGUUGCGCUGGUGGCUGAUGAGUCUUCCAGGGCAGCCGGUAUUCUGCACAAAUCUGGCUUCAAAGUGGUAAGUUUGGGAAGCGAUCCGGAAACUGGUGUGGCGAACUUCCUGAAGGUUGCGCACAAGAUGUCGACAAGGCGGGCUGUCACACACCUUGUCCUUUGCCAGGGCAUGCUGUCUGGCGAUAAAGGCCUGUUUGGUGUGGCAGCCCGCCUUGCGUCAGCUUUCCUCUGCAAAGAAGCUGCUCUCCUCAAGCUUCCAGCAAAUGGCCCGACCGGCAUCCAGUUCAAGUGUGACUUGAAAAAAAAGCGGUUGGUCUAUGUGCACUCCGACCUGUAUGGGGAGAUUCCUGGCUUAGAAGCGUUGCUGAAAUGUGCAGCUGAACUGCCUGGGUCUGGCUUGAAAGUGGUCCGGGGCAUCAGCAAGCUGGAGCAGGAGUUCACGGAGUAUAAAACGAAGAGGGGAGCCAGGUCGCGACCACAGCUUCACAUGAGAGCCUUCAUGCCCCAGGCUCUGCACAAGAAGUACAUAGCUCUCUAUGGGCUUUGCUCAGAGCGUGAUGAUUUCUGGGAGUUUUUGUGUGAUGGGGUGGACCGUGAAGCUGUCUGCCCUGGACAGUAG